CUAACCCUGUUCGACAUAUCGUGGAUAAUCUGCCAUCCGAUUCAGAGAGUCUUCUUCUACGAUUUCCCGCAUUCCAGUUCCCAUUUCCGGCAAACAACCAUCCCCAGUCUCGCCGAUUCCCUCUCCCUGGCGCUUAUUCAUUUCUACCCUCUCGCCGCCCGGCUCGUCACCCCGACGCUUUCCGACGAGAGGGCUCGCAUAUUUUACUCUGACGGCGACUCUGUUUCGCUCACCGUCGCCGAGACCGGUCUCCAAUUCGACCGUGUCAUCUCCGACCUGCCAAGCGACGUCGAACUGCUCCACCCUCUGCUGCCCAAACUUCCUCCCGACGACAGACCGAAUUCGGAGGGCGAAACCUCGUCCCCGCUUCUCGCCGUGAAGGUCACUCUGUUUCCGAACUCCGGCAUCUGCAUCGGGUUCGAGUUUCGCCAUGUGGCGGCUGACGGGCUGGUUUCAACCAUUUCGUGA